UAUAGUCUUUGUUCUAACCUGAAAAUAAAUAGUAACGCUCGUUAGAGUAAUGAUAUAAUUUUUAAGGCUUUUAAAGAAUAGAAUUAAAAUAUGGCAGUCGCCUGCUUGUUACGGAGGGCAUUUAUAGGCGGACCUUUAUAUUCUGCUGCUUCUUUACGUUUUGCGUCGACACAGCAAGAGAAAAAGGUGUUUUUUGAUGUUUCCGCUGAUGGUGAACCUUUGGGUCGAAUUGUUAUGAAACUUAACACCGAGGAGGUCCCAAAAACUGCAGAAAAUUUCAGAGCUCUAUGUACUGGCGAAAAAGGAUUUGGUUACAAAGGAUCUUCAUUUCAUAGAAUAAUACCAGAUUUUAUGUGUCAAGGCGGCGAUUUCACCAAUCAUAACGGCACAGGUGGGAAAUCAAUUUACGGCCGUAUGUUUCCUGAUGAAAACUUUAAAUUAAAGCACACUGGUCCUGGCGUCUUGUCUAUGGCUAAUGCUGGACCCAAUACUAAUGGAUCCCAGUUUUUUAUAACCACUACAGCUACUCCUUGGCUUGAUAAGAAGCAUGUUGUAUUUGGACAUGUUGUUGAAGGCUUGGAUGUUGUUAGGAAAAUGGAAGGGUUAGGAUCAAGAAAUGGUAAACCAUCAAAAAAAGUUGUUAUAAGUGAAUGUGGUGAUAUGGAUUCGACUAUCCUGAAAAUGGAAGAAAUUGAUACCAAUAAAAGUACAGUGUAAAAUA